CAGCAGUGAAGCUCUAGGCUCCCGUCCAUGCUGUUGCACUCUGUCUUCCCACAGGUACAAGGACCUGGGGAUUGUUAAUGCUUGUUUUAAUGGUCAUCUUUGAGACUCAGAAUCACACAAUAGAUAUCCCAGUUAGACGUGGACGUGUUGUCAUUCGAAAUAGCCUAUUUUUUCAUUCAUGAUAUCAUGAGAAAAGGGAGAUGAUUACUUGCGAAGUGAAUUACUUCAUCAUGUAAAGAUUAUUUUUGAUGAAUGAAUAAUACGAAACCGCAAAUACAUGAGGACUUUACUCGAACUUUUUUGUAUUAACUGUUGACUUGAUGACAGACUUUCUUCAGAAACUCAGACUCUUUUAAAAUACGUCACCUGAAAUUAAAUAAUUUUCUGAAUAUUUAGAAUAUUUCUCAAGGUAGUUAUUUGGUUUCCUUUCCUGAAAAAGUAUUCAACUGUGAUUUCAAUUAUUCAUUGCUUCUUACAGAGGUAUUGGCUGCAGAAACUAACUGUCCUAGUUUUUCAAUGUAUUUCAUUCUACAUGUUGUUUCAUAGGAGAAUUCGAUACCACUUGUCAUGCAAUAAAAUAUUCUUUUAUUUUCUAUAAAAUGACAGCUUAGCUAGUGAUACAUACUGUUAAAUAUUUUAGAAUUUACGUUUGUAUGGUAAAUUUAAAUGUGCUGCUUAAGUUUUACAACAACCUACCAUGUAUAUUUUGGUAGAAAAGUACCUACCGAAAAAAAGAAGACAUAAAAAAUUACAUAUUCAUCUAGAAUAAACAGUAUCAUAUAGAAAUAUUCUUUUUUGGUAAACAUAGCGUUUAACAACAUUCAGUUUCGUAUUAAAAUAAAAUAAAAGGAGAAUCCAUCGCAUGAACUUUCUACAGGUGUAAUUUGGAGCAAAUAUGUUAAUUAAAUAUACAUAAACUUUAUGGAAGAACUAUAAAGAUGAGUGAACUUAAUUUUCAUCAAAUGUUGUUUUGAAAUAUGCAGCAUAUUAACAGUGAAAUUCUUAAGUGGCAGUAGAUUUUAGCACAUUUUCGUGGUCAGUAAAAGGACAAUCAGUUGCAAGCAAAAGAAUUCAGGCGAAAACAAACAUGCCAAGAUCGUUUCUUGUAAAGAAAGUCAAGUAUCCCGUAGACCACGUAACACGCUGGGCGUAUCGUGAACCAUCCAGUCCUACUGAGGCGGCUCCUGCACCCCCAUGUCCUCCUUCUCCGUCUCAUUGUCUCACCGUCCGGUACACGAAUAGUUACAUCCAUGAUGUACUUCCUCCUUCUAGUUUAUUAAGCUAUGACAGAUUCACUUUCGAGAAUUCUCGAGACGACGUGUUUGAUAAAGAGCUGGAUCUCAGCCGAAGAGGCCGAGAUCGAAAUCGGGACCCUGACCACAGUGAUACCUCUUCUUUCUGCAGUCAUGUCUCUGAAAGCAGUUUAAGUCCUGGAUUAGUGCCGCCAUCUCCGCCAACAUCUGUGACUCCUCCAACUAUUCCAUCCGCACCUAGUAGAGUAAGCUCCAAUAAUCUGGUGAGUGAUCCUCAGUUCCAUGUAUUUUCCAAUGGAGUGACCGUCAGUUACACCUAUGACGCCUUCUUCGUCUCUGAUGGCAGGUCGCGACGUCGCAAUGCUCUGGGACUGCCAGAACAGCCACCUCAACGGGACAGACCCCGCUAUACAUGCGGUGAAUGUGGUAAACAUUAUGCUACAUCCUCUAAUUUGUCUCGGCACAAGCAGACCCAUCGCAGUCCGGACUCGCAGCAGGCCAAGAAAUGCGAGACAUGCGGCAAAGUGUACGUGAGUAUGCCAGCCCUAGCCAUGCAUCUUCUCACCCACAAUCUGAGCCACAAAUGCGCUGUCUGCGGCAAGGCCUUCUCAAGGCCCUGGCUGCUGCAGGGCCACAUGCGCUCGCACACGGGUGAGAAGCCUUUCGGUUGUGCCCAUUGUGGCAAGGCUUUUGCUGACAGAUCCAACUUGAGGGCUCACAUGCAGACACACUCCGCCUUUAAACACUACGCCUGCGCUAGAUGCAACAAGUCCUUUGCCCUGAAAUCAUACCUCAACAAACACUACGAAUCGUCCUGUUUGAAAGACCCUGUUCUUGGAGCCCUUCCUCUGAACCCCACCUCGCCGCCUAUGGGACACGAUUCGCGACUGCUGCUCAGAACUUGAAAUGCUAUGAUUGCGUCCAAAUGCCGCAGACUGAGUGUAUAUAAAAUACGGACCAUUGAAAGAACGCAUCGAAGUUAAGAUGAAUUGGACCAGCUGUAUUAUAUCUAAAGGUAGAAAAGUCAGUACAAUUUCAUGAGAGAAAAUAAUGUAUAAUAUUUUCUGCAUUUCUUACUCCAUUUUAUAAAGUCUGUUGGUAGGAUGCUAGAAAACAGAAACAGCUUUCAGAUUUUUACUUUUAGCCUAUUUAGACUGCGAAUCUAUAGUAAAAUGACUUUUUGAGAAAAUACUUUCGCAAUAUUCAAAUAGUGUAAUUAUAAUAUUUUAUAAUAUUCUAAGCCAAUUAAAUUAGUUAUUUCAUGCUAUUUGAUUAUGGAAAUCACAGCGUACUAUAACAUAAUUAAAGGGAAGCUGCAGAAGGAAAUUUAGUAUAAAAGAAUGACCUUUUAAUCAAAUAAUCUAGGUAACAAGCUAUGAAUAGAAGAUUUUAAGCUAAUUUUUUAAUCUCUUUGGCAAAAUGCGCAUUAAAAUUUGUAUAGUUCCCCAAAUCUCAGCAUUUGUUAUUUUUACCAAUUUGUUUCAUAUUGGUAUCGACACCUACAACUCAUAUUGCGUGUUUCCUGAGGAAGAACUGAUUACUGUAUUGGAAAAGUUUAGAUUUUCAAAUGUAGCACAAGUAUAGCAGCAGCUUUUAUCAUUUGGCUUUUUCUUGAAAUAAUAACUUAUUUUAUAGCUUUUAUAUAUUUUUAAAACUCAUAUUUGCUCUCAUAUUUUUACACUUUGCUUAUUAUUAAACAUCAAUAAAGUUCAUUAAUAUCAAUAAGGUUCUUUUAAAAAUCCGUAAUAAAUUUCUAGAUUUUUCUUUUACAACACAAUGUUUCUAACAUAAAUGUAAACCAAGCAGCAAGCAGAAAUAUUGAGACAGAUUUUGGCAACCGCGCAAAUUUCCGCAAUUUUUGUACCAUUUAUAUUUCACAUGCUUUUGUUUGUAAUGUUCAAACUUGAUUUUCACUCAUUUAGUUCAAUUUCUAACCCUUUAAAACUCUGCAGUUCCAACUAGUAUUGCAAAUGUCAGAAACGUUGCAAGUAACUGCUUUUGCGAAUGUAAAGCUUGGAACCGAUUGUUAUUCUAGCUAUACGCAUCAAUUCCACCAAAUCUUUGAGUGCUUAAUCUUUAGUCAAGAAAUCCUCUCUGUCAAACAACAUAUUCAACAAAACUUUAAGGGUAUAAGCUAAGAACGAUUUAUCUAACCUUAAGUACAUUACGACGACCUCAAAAGAGAACUCUAGGAUAAGUAUGCAACAUGCAGUUGAAUUCAUCCUUGAAAAGAAAACGCAAAAAGGCGUUCGUGGCAAAUCCGUUUUUGCAAAUCGUAUUUUGUAAGGAAGUGAAAAUACUAAGAGAAGAAAGCUUGCUCAAAAUCUGUCUAAACAAUGCUCUAAGAAUCUAAAUCUCUCAAUUUCUAAAACGGAGUUUUAUCUCUACUGUGCAUACUUAUUGAGAAAGCUCUUUGGGAUCCAAAGAUCCGUAAUAAUCCCCAAAAAUAUAUUUAGCGUCCAAGGAAUAGGCGUUUCUUGAAGCAGUACUGAAGGAAAUAUUUAGUGCACAAAUGUUUGGUUUGUGUAAGUUUUCAUACGUAAAGAAAACGGACAAAAAGAAUUUUUAAGAUAAUUGAAAGCUAAACAAGGGUAAUAUAACAGAUUAAAAUUAAUUUCUACAAAGAAUAAUUGAAAGAAAAUAUAUGCUGUGAAAAUUUAUUUUCCACGUUAUUGAUAUUUCAAGAAAAGGUACUUUUGUUAUCAUUCCUGUUGAAACUUAGGUUACUCUGAUUAGCUACUUACAAUUGCAGUGUAAUGUAAUUACAGAAAUAUAAUUUCAAUGAAAAUAAUACAGUAAAUAAUACAGCUUCAAUAGACUGAAAAAGUUUUGGAUUUCCCGAAAGAUAUUUUCAAAUGUCAUACUCAAAUAUACAUGUGAAUAAGAAGCAUAUUUCCUGAAUUUAUAUUAGUAGUAAAAAGAGACAGUUGACAAAAUACUAACAUUUAAUAUGCUAUAUAAUGUAUUAUAAAUGAAAUACAUUAUAUACAAUGAAAUAAAGACAACUAUUCAUGUGCUUUAUUUUCUUAGACGUAUCAAAACUGCCCUACUGUUUCUCCACAAUUACUGAUUCUUACACUUACGAACUUUGCAUAAAUGCCCCUGAUAAAUAUCAGGUGUAAUUAUUCAACAUCGAAUUAACUCCCGCAUAUUAAGUAUCAUUUUAUGAAUUACGACUUGCAUCAAGCUCCAAAUAUGUUUAAAUGUCUACAUAUAUUUUGCUUUGUGUCUUUAAUUUAAAUUAUUUUAUAUUUUUAUAUGAGGCAAAUAAUAAAAAAAUGACCGAUAACAUUGCAUUCUAUGAAAAUAAUAAAACUUUAACUGAAGCAAGUAAGACAUUUUAAGGCAAAAAUUAUACUAAUAUUAGAAAACUUCAAUUCGGACAUGCCAGAAGAAAUAUAAACUGCAUAACUCUAGUAAUUUGGAACUACUGCGAAUAUUCAUUUAGAUCAUUAUCUUCUAUGAGUAUUGUUAUUUUUAGAAUUGUUUUCGAUAAAAUUGCGAGGCUGUAAAGCUAAAAGGAAGCUUUUAUCAAGAGAUAUUCAGCAUUUGUUAUGUCAAAAACAACAUGCUUUGUGUAGCAUACCUUUCGAAGUAUUUAUUAGAAUGUAGUUUGCAGCUUUAUUGUAGAAUCUCAAACAUGUAAAUAAUGUUUUCAUACUGAACAUAUUUCUCUUACAUUGCAUACAUCGAUAGAGAAAUCAAAGUGCAAUUUGAAUUAUGGAGAAGUUUCAUCUCGAAAAAUUUUAAAACUAGAUAGCUGGAGGUGCAAUAAAAUCUCCAAAAUCUAAAGCAAUAUUCUAAGGCUGAAAACCUUUAGAUACUUGCCUGCGUGUAUCCAAAGCAAUAAUUAAUAAACAAUAAUACUGUCAGAUAUAGCAAUAAUUUUUCUAUAGUGAGACCAUAAAUUAGUGAGUAUAUCGUAUAUCAUUUAACAUUGAAAAGUUUUGAAUUUUAUUGGAUUUUUAGCUGCUUUUUAAAGGUGUUUUCAUAUUUAGAAUGUUUUAGUAUACAUUAAAUGACGAUUGCACAAUAUAUCACUUAAGUGAUAUGCUACUAAACGUUUUUACUUAAUAGUAUAACCUCGAUAUUUAUAAAUUCAACCAGCCUAUCAAUUGUAUUAAGCUAAAAAUACUUUUAAAAUAGAUAGUGUUUAACUUGAUAACAAAUGUCUUUCUAUUUAUUAAUUUUGUGUGAUACUAAUUAUGCAAUAUAAUUACUAAUAAUAACUUAAUGUUAGAAUUCUUAUUGAAGUUAGUAGUAUUAAUUUAUGCUCCUAAAUUUAAUUAAAUAGAUUUUUGAUUCGUUUAUGGAGAUACAGACAAUGCAUAGAAACUUUCAAAAUAAACAACAGCUCCCGAUGAAUUCAACAAAUAUUUCCAAAUUAAAAUUUUUAUCAGUUACUUUCAAAUAGUUCAAUUAAUAUUUGUUAUGAGAUAAAUAUAACGCUAAACAUUUACUAAAUAUGUAUUAAACUCAAAUGCCUUUUUUGAGUAUUUAAAGAUUUUUAUUGAAAUUAGAUUGCUUGAGAAAUGUUUUUGUAACAUAAAAAUACCCGAA